UAGUGAUCAUCUUACCAUUUUUCGGCAAAACUAGAUAAUAUUAAGCAAUUUUAGGUAAUUUAUUUUCAAGUAUGGAUUUGAAGAAUGUCGACUGAUACUAUCUCAGAUGACAUUCACUACUUAACCCAGGAAUAACCAUGGUAUCCAGCUUUUCACCUUACUCCACAGUGAUGGACCUUAGUUUGACCUCUGAACUAGAUAAUGAAUCGCCUAGCAACACAUUUCUCAGAAGCCAGAGUCUCCAUGGUAAACAGUUGCCUGGCAAUGCGUCUGGUGACUAUGCAAAUCUGGGUCCUACUGGAAGCUUGGAAGAUUUCCACAACUUUACAAAUGGUUAUGAUUGUACCUCAUCAAGGUUUGGCAGCUUAGAGACUUUAACCAGAAAAAAGCCACCAGAGCUUGACCCAUUUUCAAUAAAGGUAAAGGGCGAAGCAGCAUCUCCUCCAAGUGCGUCUUCCAAUGCAGGAAGCACUAUGUUCUUUGAGAUUGAGCAAGCAAUGGAAGAGAAUGAUGAAGAUGAGGGUAGUCCUGUAGAACAUUUUGAGAACCUAACUAUUAUAGUCAAAAUUCCACCUAUGGAGCAGAAGUUUGGAUUUUCAGUCAGUGGCGGAUGUGAUGAAAGCUUCCCACCAAGGGUUGACAGUAUUUCAAAAGGUUCACCGGCAGAAUGCGCUAGUUUGUUGGUGGGAGAUGAAAUUGUUGAGGUGAAUGGACAAUCUCUUGAUAAUGCAUCCCAUGCAGAAGUUAUUGCUUACAUUCAUAAGUGCAUCAGAUCGAAGACAAUCAAUUUACGGGUAAAACGAAGCAAGAAAAAAGAAGUGGCAGUUUCAUCGGAGAACGUUCAAAACGCAUACAUCGUUGCAGUAGAAGAGGAUGCUAAAAGACGACUGGAGGAAUUACUCUACAAUCACAAACUCACACCAAUUGAUAUGACCAAACAUGUAGGUGUUGAAAGUGAGGAUAAAAGUGGUGAUUCAAACGAUUCUCUGGAUUUAUCAAUAGAACGUGCAGUAUUUCAGUCCUCAAUGCCGUAUAUGUCUCAGCCUGGUCACAUGACCAAUGGCCAUGUGGAAAUGGCGGAAGUUAAUGGGUUUAAAGAUGGAAAGAAGAGCAAAGGGAAGAAAGGAAAGCGUGGAGGAAGCAACGAGACACCAAUGAUUGACAAUCUACUCACAGACAGAAUGAGUAGUCAGAAUUCACUAAACAAUGACAGUUUUGAUGAUAUUCAUAGUUCUGUAGAGUUUGAUCCUGAAAAACACAGAGAAAUGGCGAUAGAUGUGCCAAAGAAUUUUCAGGGGACAGCUAAAACGCCCCCUCGUCUUCCGUCAUCGACACAUUCUUCUGAACGUUCAACGCCAGUUAAAGAAAGUGCUAAAAUGGGAAAAUCGUACACGAACAAUGCUUACAGUGACGAUCAUUUGGAGCGAAUUCGGCACCACCAAGAGGAGAUUCGUAAACGUCAAGAGCGGGAAGAGCAAAGAGUAAAAGAACAGGAAUUUUUACGUGCUUCAUUAAGACGCUCUGAAAAAAUGCGCUCUCUUCAAAAAGAGCGUAAUAGACAGCAACAGGCUGGUGUAGAUAAUACUGCUUAUGCUGACGAUGACGAUGAUGAUGAUGAUUCAGGGGGAUUUGAAGAAGGCUACGUCAGUGGCAGACAUACGCAAAACAGUCGAGAUUAUAUGAAGAAAAAUAUAGGUUACAAUGACAUUCAUGCAAUGUUACAACACAUGAAAGGGGCAGUGCAUUCUAAGGAAGGAAGAGAAAAGUUAAAAUUUCUCAAUGACUUCUUUGAUCAAAAACAGUUUCAAAACGCAGUGAGUGUUCAUCAUCAAGUGCUAGACGUUAAAACGCGGAGUCCACCCGUGCAGUGUGAGUGUCAGAAUUCACGGGAGGUACGUGCUGACAGCGUUGAAGUGUUGUGUUCAGUGAAAACGCCGGCCACAUUGGAGCUCCUGAGCAUCUUAAAUAAACCUCAAGUCAAGGAGUUGUUACUGACGCACGACCGGGUCGGCCAGAUUCAGGCCAAAUCAUCUGAUGAUAGGGAACCACCAGAGGGGAAUGGGGAAAUUCCUGCAAACGUUCCCGAUACUGCCUCGGUCAUCCGUAUUGUCCACCUUGAUAAAACCACAGAACCUUUGGGUGCAACAGUUCGUAAUGAUGGGGAGUCCGUCAUCAUCAGCCGCAUUGUUAAAGGUGGUACAGCAGAAAAGAGUGGAAUGCUUCAUGAGGGCGAUGAAAUUCUCGACAUUAAUGGCAUCGACAUGAAGGGGAAGGACAUUAACGAUGUUUCGGAGAUGUUGGCCAAUAUGACAGGAAGGAUCACAUUCACCAUCUACCCAAGCAAUGAAUACAAUCAGCCCAACAUCUCAAGUGGCAUUAUGCAUGUCAAGGCACUAUUUAACUAUGACCCUGAAGAUGACUUGUACAUACCGUGCCGUGAGUUAGGCCUGUCGUUCAGUAAGUGCGACAUACUGCACGUAAUCAACCAGGAGGACUCCAACUGGUGGCAGGCUUAUCGUGAGGGCGAGGAGGAUUACCAAUCGCUAGCCGGUCUUAUUCCAAGCCGCAGUUUCCAUGAACAGCGAGAACAAAUGCGACUGACAAUUGGAACGGAGAAUAAAGAGAAUCAGAAGAAAGGGCGCUCGUGUUCCUGUGGACGUGCUAAUAAGAAGAAAAAGAAGAGGAAACAAAGAGAAGAUCAAGAAGAAGCCCUAUCAUAUCUUGAGGUUGCGCAAUAUUACCCAGAACCCAACAGGCGGCGCCCCAUAGUUCUCAUUGGUCCACCAAAUGUAGGACGGCAGGAACUGCGACAGAGGCUCAUGGAGUCCGACUUUGAAAGAUUUGCUGCUGCUGUCCCACACACCAGUCGUACAAUGAAGGUGCCUGGUGCUGCAGAAGAGCCAGAACUGGACGGGAAAGACUAUCAUUUUGUUUCCCGUGCCGAGUUUCAGAAUGAUAUACAUGCAGGAAAGUUUAUCGAGCACGGGGAAUUUGAGCGUAGUCUGUAUGGUACAAGUGUGGACGCAGUGCGACAAGUCAUCAGUAGUGGGAAGAUAUGUGUUCUCAAUACGGACCCUGAGGUAAGCGCUUUAUACAUGCUGUACGAGACAGACCUGAAGCCAUAUGUGAUAUUUGUCUAUCCUUCAAACAUCGAGAAACUGCGACUAAUUCACCAUCGUCUGGGGCUUACCAAUGUCAAGGAUGAUGAUCUUCGCGACAUUAUCGAACGAGCCCGAGAGAUGGAGGACAAAUUUGGUCACAUGUUUGACUACAUUCUGGUUAACCAAGAUAUGGACAAAGCAUUUGAUGAACUUGUAACUGAAAUCAACAGAAUUGAGGUGGAACCACAAUGGGUACCUGUUGAAUGGACUCGCUGAGUGCAGGUGGAUUUGUUCACAUACAGCAAAGUGCAGGUGGUCCGCCAACUUGACAGUGGAUUGUUUUACAGUACAGUUACUCUCUGUAGCAGUUUAUCUUCAAAAUUCUGUACAUGAAUCUGACAAUCAAACUGGUGUUCAUCUGAUGUACAGGUCGAAUCAACUACAGUUUCGGCAGAUGAUUCCUGAAUGUUUGUGACUAAAUGUGCAGUUGUUUUGCACUGCAGAUGUGUUCUAAAUGCAGAUAAAUAUAACAUGCAGAUGACUGCAUCAUGCAGAUUAUCUGAAGCAAGUAAAACUGUUAAAUGCAGAGCAGAAUCUGCAGGUGAAAACCAUAUGCAGAUGGAAACUGAAUGCGCAACACUAUAGAAACAUGUUAAAAUAAGCCAGAAAAAUACAUACAAGAAAUUUAUGCUAUUCUUGGAUGUUUCUUGGAAAUUUUGUAUAAGAGUCAUUUCAAGAGUUUCAUAAAAUGAUUAUGCUAAGAAUGAACAAUAUGGAACAAUUAAGAAAUUCUUGGUGUAGAUAAAAUUAUAGAAUUGGAUUAAACCUACUGUACCACUAAUUAUACGUUAACUUGAGGUAUACUUGAGUCAUCGUAGCUGUACAUCUAUAACAACAUUAAUCAAAUUAUGGAUUCUUUAGAUUGUCUCAAUGAUUUAAUUUAAAGAAAUUAUUUCAAUGUAUAUGUACCAAUUGACAUUUUGCAAACAUGAUAUGUAAUUAAGCAGACUGGAAAAUUUGUGCUCAUAACCAGUUAUUCAGUAUUAACCUAUAGAAGUUUUAUUUGUUUUAAUCAGAUUGUGAAUCAUAAUCGUGGUAAUGAUAGGGUUAACACAACUGUAUAUAUAGAUAUAGAAAAUGUUAGUGACACUACUUCUGCUGUAAUGAGAACCUCAACUAACAAAAGUGCCUUAUAUGUUGUGAGUGGAGAACUAGGGUUUAUUUCAAAACAUGUUUUACUCAUUGUGAUUUCUUUCUGAAAAUACUUUAUCCAAGCUAGUCAUCAUUAUAUUUAACAAACAUCUUCGAAAAUACUGCUUUAUUCAUUUAAUGAAUUUUUCGCCAAAGGCUCAGCUUUUAGUAUAGUAACAUGGAUGAUUAAAGUUGAUAUUUAAAGUUAAGAAACCAGUGCAAAAUGGAUAUAACUCUGUAAAGAAACAAUAGAAGUUAUGUCUCUCUUCCACCAAGCCCUCAAAUAGCUACUGGCCUUGUCCCAAAGAUUGGUGCAUUUCAUUAAAUGUAUUGACCAAUUUAUUGUGCAUCAAGUUUGGUGGGUUCUAAGUGAUGUGAUACUAAAUUAUCUUUUAUGAGAAUGGUACAAUUAUAUCACCAAGUAUGAAUGUUUGGUGCUAUAAUUAUGGGUUUAUUUUGAAAAGGCAAUAUCAAAACCAUAUUAGUGAUUUUUGACAUAUAUACUGAUAUUGAACAAAAAUAUAAAAAAAUCUGGUUUUGAAAGUAUAUAUUCAUUAUUGAAAUAUGAAACUGUUGAAUGUAAAAUAAUACACACCACAUGUGUACAGAAAAUGUAUUCAUUUUGUUAACAAGCAUGAUAUAUAUUUGUAUGUUACAUUAAUAUCAGAUCAUUUAAAAGAUUUAUUCACUUUAUGCUCCAUUGUACAUUCCUGUAAAUUCUGUUGAAUGUUUCUUUUGUGACAAAGUGUGUAUGUUUACAUUGAGUGCCAUUACCGAUAUGAUAAGUUAUAUUAAUUUUGCAACAUAUUUUAAGACUAAAACCAGCUUUUAUUUCAACGCAAUAUAUUUGUUACCACAAAUACUUGUAGCGCAAACAAAUAUGUUCUUUAACAUUUGUAUAAUACAUGUUGCUUUUAGAGAAUAGGAUAUUAAUUAUGACAUACGGUAUUUUAAAGUCUAUGAUAUUCUGGGUUGGGAUUCUAUUGAACAAAAUAUCAUGAAAAGGGAAGGCAAACAAAUUAAUAUUUUGGGUGGAAAAAGGCAAUGCAAGAACCAUUGACUGUGUAAAGUUAUUCAUAACUAGCUGGAAAAUGUUUUGAUAUAAUUUGAAUAAAUAAUAAUAAAUGUCAUUUGGGUAACAAUACACAGGUGCAAUAAAUAUCAAACUGCUGUAAAUGUCGACGCUUUCGUCCUUGUCUGGUUGUCUUAAUGUGUAAAGGGCUUUAUCAGUUAUCAGAUAAUGGCAAUAUAUUAUGUAUGACCUUGUCUGCAAAAAUGUUCCCUGUUGAGGUAUUCACAGUGACAACAAAAAAUGACAUUUAACCAGUUGAUAGGUUUACAAAACAAACUGGUUACAAUGUGUAAAAUAGAUAAAUUAUUUUAUGCUUCGAGGCUUAUAAGGCGCAAUAACUUGCACGAAUUGAGAUUGCCUUUUUCCUCCGCAGGACUCAUUAUUGAUGACUAUGUCACAUUUGUUUGCUGCAUUGUAUAGGAACUGAUUUUUCAGUUUCUUAAGAGUAUUUACAUGUAGUGCUGUUAAGUCUUCCAAUAGUGCAGUUUUUCAGCAACUAAAUUUUAAAAGAUUACCUGAAUUGUUGUCAUAGAAAUAGGAUCAAACCACACUCAGCCAGUCUUAUGUUAGUUUGUUAGUUUUAAGAAAAUUAAAUUUCUUGUUACAUGUACUGUUGACAUGCUGGAGCCUUAUUCAAUAACCAACUUAAGAGUUAUAGUGACCAAUAAACUGAACAGAAUCACUAAGGCAUGUCUAAGGAUAAUUAUAUUAAGUUUGUUGAAUACAGCCCCAGAUAUGGCUUUUUACAAAUGUACAUAACGGUAAGUUUAAAUAUCAUAUAACUUAUUUUAUAGGCCAGUUUUGUUUCCAUUUUUGCACUUAAACAAAUGUAUAUUGUUGAGUAUUACAGUUAUCUUUUUUAUUUUAAUGCUUAACUCAUUUCUAAGACUCAUUUUUCACAUCAGUUUAUGAUUGUUACUAGUUUACAGAAAGUUUGAAUCUGUAUAUAACAUUUUUCAUAUUAUAUACCUAUUCUGACAUGUCCAGUACAUUUUGAGCACAAAAGCUCUUAUAUAGGCCUAUGUUAACUUUUGGUUGUAAAUAUAGUUUUGUCUUCAAACUAUUUGAUCAGUGUUGUGCAUAUAAUUUUGUGUUAUUAUACAUAUUAUAUUCAUAUUACAUAUCAUUUAUAUUUCAUUUUAUAUGUAAUGUAUUCGAUUAUUUCAUUUUAUAUAACACAGAUAAAUAUGUAAAUUUAUAGAGAAUAUCUGUACAGCUAUUAAAAUAUCAACUUAUUACUUUAAAUGUUAUUAUGGAACAAAUAAAUCUUAAGGGACA